AAAUUUACUUCAAAAUCUCUUGAAUUAAUGGUAAACAGAUUCCACUUAAGAAUUUCCAUAGAUAUAUAUAUAUACAUUAAUUUUGAUAUAUGAGUGUAAUUUUCUGUUGUUAUAUGCAUGAGAAUGCAUAGACUCCACCAAUUAGCAAUAGACACAUUGAUGGGAUACCUCACGUAGACAUAAAUUUGCCGAAACCACUGCAUACUAACAAACGCCUUUCUUGCAAAUAACAAACCCCUCCGUUUUUGUUGCUUUUUUAUUCUUCCUGUUUUACCUUCCUCCAUUGAUGGGCUGCUCCACAAUUACCAUCCUGCUUCACCUCCCUCCAUCCAAGAAACUACGGAGGCCAGCACCACCACCACCACCACCACCAUGCCUCAUUCUGCACCUCCUUCUUCUUUGGAGGCAAGGCAAGGAGAUCCUAGAAUUUAUUUUCUUUCUGCUUUUUUCUUUGCUUGUAUUGUUUCUGGUGGAGUUUUUCUUGGUCUUUACAUUUUUCUUCCACUCUAUCAAACCCAAUCCUGGUAUCCUGUUGCUGGCUUGAUUCUUGUAGCUGUUCCAUGGAUUUUUUGGUUCUUCACCUACUUAUACAGAUGUAUUAAACCAUCGUAUAACCCAUCAAAGCCCUCCAGAGCCGUCCCAAGAUCCGCCCCUGGUGACGUUGAGGCUUCUGCUAAUGAACCCACAAAUCCAUCGUCUCAUAUUGAUUCCCAGAUGCAGUCCACUAAUGACGUUGAACAAUCCGGUAAUGAUCAGCAUUCCACUAAUGAUGGUGGACGCCAUGUGCAUUUUGGAGGUGUUAAUGUAAUUCGUGAAUAUGAUAAUGAUGAUAAUCAAGACAAUAACAGCUCUAGGGACGAGCAAGAUGGACGUGAAGGUUCAGAAUCCGAGCACGGAGGAUCACCGGAAAGAGAGAAGAGGGAAAGUGAAAUCCCAUUAACAAGCUCUGCUGGCUUAUCUUGAUAUGACAUAUUUUUAAGGUGAUGAUAUGAAGUCAAUUUUUAAAUUUCUCAUGAAGCCAUUGAUUCAUUGGUAUUGGAUCAAGUAAAGAUACACACUGAAAGAAAGAAAUGGCCUAAAUGGGUGCUGGAAAAUUUCUUGCAAGGUGAAAUGGGGUGGUGGCUAAGAAGUUAUAUAACUAAGCCCCACAUAUGAGAAGGCAGAUUUGGAUUAGCAGAAGAGUGGCUGAAGAUUUUCUUGGAUGUAGAAGCUGUAACCAUUCUGAAACCUUUCUCUCUUUUUCAUUUUCUCCCCCUUUUUCAAGUUGCUAAUGGCUAGAGCCAACAACUAGAAAUGGGAAAAUGAGAAGUAUGUUUUCUUUGUCUUUUCUUGUUUGCAAAAUAUAGUGAAAAUUUUUAUUUGCA